GGCCUGGACACUUCCGGCAAAGGAAACUUAGCAGCAGCUCCAAGGGAUUUUGACAGGCUGGGUUUCUGCAUGCAGCUCUGUCUUACUUCGUUUUUCUCGCGUCUAACCUGCCAACUGCUUUGCCGCUGCUGUCCCACAACUCCUGUCUCUGGAGCCGCUCCUUCCCCAUGUUUCGGGGCAGGAGUCCUGAAAGCAAAGACCCGCUGGCCGGUACCCCAUCAUGUCCGAACUGACUAAAGAACUGGUGGAGCUGGUGUGGGGCACCAAGAGCAGUCCCGGUCUCUCUGACACCAUCUUCUGCCGCUGGACGCAAGGAUUUGUGUUUAGUGAAUCAGAGGGAUCUGCAUUAGAACAGUUUGAAGGUGGCCCCUGUGCUGUUAUUGCACCUGUUCAGGCAUUUCUUUUGAAGAAGCUCCUGUUUUCUUCUGAGAAGUCUUCUUGGAGGGAUUGCCCAGAGGAAGAGCGGAAGGAACUCCUUUGUCACACCUUAUGUGAUAUUUUAGAAAGUGCCUGUUGUGACAACUCUGGAUCAUACUGCCUGGUUUCAUGGUUAAAAGGAAAAACAACUGAGGAAACUGCUAGUAUUUCUGGGAGUCCUGCAGAGUCCAGUUGCCAAGUGGAACAUUCUUCUUCUGCCUUGGCUGUCGAAGAGCUUGGCUUUGAGCGAUUUCAUGCAUUAAUUCAAAAAAGAGCAUUCAGAAGUUUAUCCGAAUUAAAAGAUGCUGUCUUGGACCAGUAUUCAAUGUGGGGAAACAAAUUUGGAGUAUUGCUUUUUCUGUAUUCUGUAUUACUGACAAAGGGCAUUGAAAACAUAAAAAAUGAAAUUGAAGAUUCAACCGAACCUUUGAUAGACCCUGUGUAUGGACAUGGCAGCCAAAGUUUAAUUAACCUCCUAUUGACGGGACAUGCUGUUUCUAAUGUAUGGGAUGGUGAUAGAGAAUGCUCAGGAAUGAAACUUCUUGGUAUACAUGAACAAGCAGCUGUAGGAUUCUUAACAUUAAUGGAAGCUUUAAGAUACUGUAAGGUUGGUUCUUACUUGAAAUCUCCAAAAUUUCCUAUUUGGAUUGUUGGCAGUGAAACUCACCUCACCGUAUUUUUUGCCAAGGAUAUGGCUUUAGUUGCACCUGAGGCUCCUUCAGAACAAGCCAGGAGAGUUUUUCAAACCUAUGAUCCAGAAGAUAAUGGAUUUAUACCUGAUUCACUUCUAGAAGAUGUGAUGAAAGCACUGGACCUUGUUUCAGAUCCUGAAUAUAUAAAUCUCAUGAAGAAUAAAUUAGAUCCAGAAGGAUUAGGAAUCAUACUAUUGGGUCCGUUUCUUCAAGAAUUUUUUCCUGAUCAGGGCUCCAGUGGUCCGGAGUCUUUUACUGUCUACCACUACAAUGGACUGAAGCAAUCAAAUUAUAAUGAAAAGGUAAUGUAUGUGGAAGGGACUGCAGUUAUUAUGGGUUUUGAAGAUCCCAUGCUACAAACAGAUGACACGCCUAUUAAACGCUGUCUUCAAACCAAAUGGCCAUACAUCGAAUUACUCUGGACCACAGAUCGCUCUCCUUCACUUAACUGACUUGCAUAAGUAUUUAAAAGGAAGAUUGUAAUAGCAGAUGUUGAAAGAGGGAUGUGAGACUGGCAAUUGGCUAUCACUGGUAUCACUGACUAAUUGUAAAUAACAGAAGAACACAUUUUCAGUGUUUAAGAUAUGUUUAAAUUAUUUAUGUUAAAGUUUACCCUAUUUUAACUCUAUGUGAAAUUUACUAGCAAAAUUAAGUUUUAAUCAAAGUUCACCACUUUUACAGUCAGAUAAUUGGUCAUUUAGCAAAUUAUAAACAUCAUUUAAUACUAUAGCAUUUGUAUAUUGAGUAUCAAUUACUAUUUAUAAACUUCUAUUUUGGGGUUUUAUUUCAUUUAGGCAUAUAUUACUGUUUAAGUGAUUCUGGCUUGCAGUAUAUCUGCCUCCACAUUGAAAUGCAGAAAAGUUAAUCAUUUCUUUUUAAAAAUCUGUUUUACAUUAGAAAUAUUGAUAAAUAACAAAUUAUCAACUUGGAUCAUUUGACAUUUGGCUUAGCUCUGGCAUGUUUAUAAAAAAUAGAAACUAUAAAGGAACAUUACCAUUUAUUCACAGAUAUAUAGAGAAUGUAUUUUUUAAAAAGAUAGGAAAAAGAAUCUGUUUGAUAGUCUUAACACUGUUAACUUUCACCGUAUUGCCAGUUACACUCUUCUCAGUUUGUCCCAACAGCCCUGUAAGCCAGGUUUUUUGUAAAUUUAUAAAUAUGAUCAAUGCAUGAAAACAUCUGUUAUUACAUUAGUAUAUUGCAUUAUUUAUUACAAUCCUAGUCAA